ACAAUACAAUACAAUACAAUACAAAAUGGGUCGCUGGUCCCAGUACGACACCGACGAGGAGCGUCUGCCCGAGGGCAUGAAGCGCAUCGGCUACGACGCCGACGACCAGGUCUACACCUUCCGCGACACCAGGGACGGCAGCAUCUGGGAGAGCGCCCCCGGCAACCGGUACGGGCAGCUGCGGCGUGUCCAGGAAGCCGCGCCGCCGCCCUACGAGGAGGAGGAGGAGGAGGAUGCAGACUCGGCGAAGCUGCUGCAUGGAAAAAAUGGUGCGGACGCGGGCAGCUCCUGGCGCCACGAUAUGAUGCCGCUGCUCAACUGGUUCCUGCUCGUCGGCGUGUUCCUGCUGCUGAUCUUCUGGUCCAUCAGCGGCAGUGCGACGAAGGGCGGCAAACAGGGGGGGGCAGAUGUCCCGGGUACUGCCAUCACCUGCGACGAGGAGCACGGCAGCAGCAGGACGUACAGCGUCAGGGCGGGCGAUAUAUGCUGGGCUAUUGCCGAGAACCACGGUGUCUCGGUCGAGGCGCUGGUGCAGGAGAACCGAGGCCUUGACUGCGACAGCCUGCGGGUCGGUGCGACGAUAUGCGUCCCGGCCUAGGGAGGUAGGGUCUCGGCUGGGUGGGUCGGGUAGGUAUCUAGGGGUAGCUCAGGGGUUCUGCGUGGGUAUUUAGAUACCGAGGGUGGAUGGGUAGACAGGUGGAGAGGUCUUUGCUUCUUACCACGGAGCCGGGACACGACAGCAGUAGCGGCUUUUUCUUUUUUUUUUUGGCGUUGCUGGGGCAAGUGGGAGGUUUUGUCUUUGGUGUACCUGGCCUACCUCGGUUUGUACCUCCCUAUAUGUGGAUCUUUGGGGAGGGUAGGUAGGAGUGUCGAACAUGAACAUGAACAUGAACAUGAGCCUUUUUCUUCUUUUUUUUUGGGCUUCGCUUCACAGCGUGGUUAGUGGGUGGAAACGUUGUACAAUACAUACAAAGGUUAGCUACCUAACUACAUGGGCGACACCGUGUUACCCAUUUGCUUUACCCCUAGAAAUGGAUCACAAAUCCCCCUAA